CCCAUCCUCACUGCACUUCCUUGGGCAUGUGGAAGGAGCUUGUGCUGUGUGGCUCGCGGGUCUCCUCUCUGCGGAAGGCCGUGUGGACGCAAUGCAGAGGACAGUGGUGGUCGCAGGCGGUGGCAUCAGCGGGCUGACUGCCUGUUACCAUCUCGUCAAGGAUGCCGUUGUGUCAAAGGUUAUACUGCUGGAGGGCAGCAGCCGGCUGGGGGGGUGGAUGCGCUCUACGCGGACGGACGAUGGCGCCAUCUUUGAACACGGGCCCCGGGGUAUUCGCCCAGCAGGGGUGGUUGGCCGGAACACCCUCUGUAUGGUUUCAGAGCUGGGCUUAGAAAACGAAAUCCUCCCCGUGUUGAGAAACCACCCUGCGGCCAAGAACCGCUACCUUUACGUUAACAAGACCCUCCACAAGCUGCCGUCCAGUCUGGGCGGGGUCCUGCGUACCAUCCCUCCGUUCACCGAACCUUUAUUCCUCUGCGGCCUGCGGGACCUCGUGUCUCCGAAGGGUUCUCAGGAGGAUGAAAGCGUCCACGCGUUCGUCGCCCGCCGCUUCGGGAAAGAGCUUGCCGACAUCGUCAUAGACAGCUUGUGCCGGGGGGUGUUUGCCGGCGACUGCCGCAGACUCAGCGUGCGCUCCUGUUUCCCCUUCCUGUACGAAGCCGAGCGCAGAAAGCGGUCGGUGAUCCUCGGCAUGGCAACCGGCGGAGAUAAGGGCCCUCAGGCCGACUGUGAGCUGAUCAGGAGAUCCAAGAAAGAGAAGUGGAGUCAGUGGUCUCUGCGCGGGGGUCUGCAGACGCUCUCCGAAGCUCUAGAGACCUUCAUUAAAGAGAAGGGGGUUGAGAUUCACAAGGACACCCCCCUGCAGGCUCUAGAGCGGACCCCUGACAAUCGCUGGAAGAUCAAGCUCUCGGACGGCAAUGUGACAGCCGAUCAUGUGAUCAGCGCGCUCCCUGCUACAGUUCUUGGCCAGCUGCUUCCAUCGUCUGCUGCGCCAAUGGCGGAAAUCCUCGGCCAGAUCCGCUCUGCCACGGUGGCCGUGGUGAAUCUGGAGUACGACGGAGACGUCUUGCCUAUCGCGGGUUUUGGGCACCUGAUCCCAUCUUUUGAGGACCCCACCGUGUUGGGGAUAGUCUACGAUUCCCUUGCGUUUCCAGAACACGACCGGCACGGAUCCAGCUCCACCAGACUCACGGUAAUGCUGGGGGGUGCCUGGUUUGAAAGCAGCCUGGGCGAACCUGCCACUGUGUCCUCGGAAAAGCUCCUCCGCCUGGCUACAGAGGCAGCGUCUACACAGCUCGGGGUGCGGGGGCCGCCGAGCCGCGCCAUCACCAAUCUCAACCCGGACUGCAUCCCGCAGUAUACUCUGGGACACUGGAAGCGGACAGCGGGCAUCUACGCCUUCCUCCGCCAGCACGAUCUGCCUCUCAGCCUCGUUGGAGCUUCUUACCAGGGCGUCUCUGUCAACGACUGCAUCUUUAAUGCCAGAAAGGCGGUGGAGAACCUGCUUGGACCCCAGCAACAGGACUAGCGGACCUCACCUGACCUCAAGCCUGCAUAUCCCAGUUGGGUCAUGCGUGCCAACAACGUCUCUAUCUCCAGACGCCCAGGAGGACUUAUCGCGGCGUUAUAGCAGUCUAAUGCUAACGAACCAGCGGGUAGACGCGCUGCCACCAUGCAACCACGCCACCAACGGAUGGGAUCCUUCGUGAUCUGGAGGAUCCUUGCAGACUAUCGCUGCAUUGUAGAACAUAAGAUGGAUUUAGAGCAUAACAGAAAUGCAUAAUGUGCCAUAUGAGAUCAAAUAAAAGGAUGCUCUACAGGCCUGUU